AUGAGACCCCCAGAGAAGCAUGCUGAAGAUCAGGGUGUGUGUGUGUGUGUGAAUGAGAGCACAGCAGAUGUUCACUUUCUGCUUCAGAUUUCUCCAUUUCGAGGAGACUCUGCUCUAUUUACUGGUGUUGGUGGAGGGUUGAUCCUCAUGGCCUGGUUGAUCUACACAUCUCUGGAGAUGCUCAUCGCCGUGUCCUGCUGCCUGGGGAAUGUGCUGGUGGUCUGGGCCGUGUGUUUGAGACGUGUCCUCCGUCAGCCUACCUUCUGUUUCGUGGCAUCGCUGGCCGUGGCUGAUUUCCUGGUAGGCUUAGUGGCAGUGCCCCUGGCGGUGCUAGUGGACGGCUGGAUGGAAAUGCCCUUUCAAGCUUGUUUGGCACUCAGCUGUGUGGUGCUGGUUCUGACUCAAGCAUCUGUGCUGUCUCUGUUGGCAAUCGCUGUGGACCGUUAUCUGCGCGUAUCAAUACCUCACAGGUAUAAAGAGAUCGCCUCUGAGCAGCGUUCAUGGAUAGCAGUUCUCCUGUGUUGGCUAAUAUCCUGUCUGCUGGGAUUCAUGCCUCUGUUUGGUUGGCAUAAUGGGGAUUCGCCAUCCUCUACUUUCCUGAACUCUUCCCAUAUCAACUGCACAUUCUUAGCCGUUAUUUCUCUGCCCUACAUGGUCUACUUCAACUAUCUGUGUUGCAUCCUGCUACCGCUGGUGGCCAUGACACUUCUUUACGGCCUUGUCUUCUACAACCUCCGCAAACGCCUCCGGAGAGAAGAUGAGACUUCAGCAACUUGCGAAUCUAAACUCAGGGCAUUUCUACUCAAGGAGAAGAGACUGGCUUGCUCUCUGGCUCUGGUUCUUCUGCUGUUUGCAGCAUGUUGGAUGCCUCUUCAUCUUAUGAAUUGUAUUUUGCUGUCAACGGGUCCACAAGGUGUCCCUCAGAUUGCCUUUUAUGCAGGAAUACUCCUCUCUCAUGCCAACUCUGCAGUAAACCCUGUGGUUUAUGCCCUCCGUAUCACGAAGAUCAGGCAGGCUUACCUGGAGAUCUGGAGACGGUAUGUGGUCUGCUGGAGAGGACAAAAAGACUUUUCAAGUUCCUCAUGGAGAUCUCAGUCUGGAGAUCAUAACGAUAGGCAUCAGACUGCUGUACCCUCCAACACUGGUUCAUGAAAUAAAAUCUUCAAAACUAAACUCAAAAACUAAAAACUAAUUUUCUGUGUGUAAUAAAAUUCAGAAUGUGUACUGUAUUAGGUACAUCAAUUCAACUUUUGUUCUGUAAUGCACAUGACUAACUAAUUAAUCAGAUGGCCGUAACUCGAUGCAUUAAUUCAUGUACACUGCAUGUGACCAAGUGAUCAGCUGGGGAAGAAUGGGAAAGAAAGUGACUUUGAGUGUGAUAUGACUGACUUGCUGCUCUAAGUAUUUCAGAUACUGUUGAUCUUUGGAUGAUAAGGUCAAA